CUCACGUAUCUUACAUAUAUAAAACCGUCAGAUCUGGAUUUUCGUUAUUCAAUUUGAGAAUCAGUAAAAAUGAAGGUCGCAAUUGUAUUACUGUGCUUUGUCGUGGCUGUUUAUUCUGAAACAUGCUUUAGAAGCUCAGACUGUAACGAAACAAAAUGCACGGACACUACACACAAAGUUGUCUGCGCACUUGGACAUUGCACAUGCAGCGCAGGAACCACUGGACAUACUUGCUCAGCUGGUAGUGAAUGCAGGGACGAACAUUGCAGAUUCGGCCAGAGAUCUCACUGUGUUGACGGACAUUGUCACUGCACACUCCAGGACCUGAUCGGAGGAAUUGGUCGUUGAGUUGGUGGGGACGGCUUUUAUAUUGUUUUGUUUUGUUAUCAACAUGAAAGUGUUAAAAUCAAAAUAAACAUUGAAAUUAUAGCAUUAUAUCAAUAAAACGUCAGUCAACAUUACAAGUA